AUGGCCCAGCAAUGGGGCCACCAAAGGCUCACAGGCAGACAGCCUCAGGACACCCAUGAGGACAGCACCCAGGGGAGCAUCUUCAUCUAUACCAACAGCAACACCACCAGAGGCCCCUUUGAAGGCCCCAACUACCACAUAGCUCCCAGGUGGGUGUACCACCUCACCAGUGCCUGGAUGAUCUUUGUGGUCAUCGCAUCCGUCUUCACUAAUGGGCUUGUGCUGGCGGCCACCAUGAGGUUCAAGAAGCUACGCCACCCUCUGAACUGGAUUCUGGUGAACCUGGCGGUCGCUGACCUAACAGAAACCAUCAUUGCCAGCACUAUCAGCGUUGUGAAUCAGAUCUACGGCUACUUCGUGCUGGGCCACCCUCUGUGUGUCUUGGAGGGCUACACCGUUUCCCUAUGUGGAAUCACAGGUCUCUGGUCCCUGGCCAUCAUUUCCUGGGAAAGAUGGCUGGUGGUCUGUAAGCCCUUUGGCAACGUGAGAUUUGAUGCCAAGCUGGCCAUUAUGGGCAUUGUCUUCUCCUGGGUCUGGGCUGCUGUGUGGACAGCCCCACCCAUUUUCGGUUGGAGCAGGUACUGGCCCCACGGCCUGAAGACAUCUUGUGGCCCAGAUGUGUUCAGUGGCAGCUCAUACCCCGGAGUGCAGUCUUACAUGAUGGUGCUCAUGGUCACGUGCUGUGUCAUCCCGCUGAGUAUCAUCGUGCUCUGCUACUUGCAAGUGUGGCUGGCCAUCCGUGCGGUGGCAAAGCAGCAGAAAGAAUCUGAGUCCACCCAGAAGGCUGAGAAGGAGGUGACACGCAUGGUGGUGGUGAUGGUCCUCGCUUACUGUGUCUGCUGGGGACCCUACGCCUUCUUUGCAUGCUUUGCUGCUUCCCACCCUGGCUAUGCCUUCCACCCUCUGGUGGCUGCUCUGCCAGCCUACUUUGCCAAAAGUGCCACUAUCUACAACCCCAUUAUCUACGUCUUUAUGAACCGGCAGUUUCGAAACUGCAUCUUGCAUCUUUUUGGGAAGAAGGUUGAUGAUAGCUCUGAACUCUCCAGCACCUCCAAAACAGAGGUCUCGUCUGUCUCUUCAGUGUCACCUGCAUGAGGUCUGCCUCCUACCUGUCCCAUCCACCAGGGCUUUGGCCACCUCUCCCUCCCCUUUUUCUCUAUUCCUGUGAAAUAAAUGGAAUUUCUCUUUGCCAAAA